CUGAUUAAUGCAUGAUCCUAGAACGGAACAACAAAGCCAAUCAAAACAAGUCCAGCUCUUGAGCCUUGGGGGAUCCAAGGCCGAUUCCAAGGACUCGAGGUCUCCUCCUCCUCCUCCUCCAAUAUGGACUUUGUGUCUCUUUUAAAAGAAAAGAUCGAGGAACGCCAAGAGGAAUCGUUCGAUUUGCUGCCUGUAUUAGUGCAAAAUUGGGUCGUGUUCCAACGAUCCACUUUCGAUUACUUGGACGAGAACGACGAGCCUUUCACCAGUCAGAUCUUUCUCAUCGAGGUGUGCACGGGUCGAUACGUCCAUCGGACACACGGGGUGCGGGUCGAUUUUGGCGUGACCUUAGAUUUGGACAUUUUAGCCGCUAAACUCGUCGAGGCCUUUGUCGGGACCAAAGUCUGCCAUGGACUCCCUGUCAAACAUGACGAGGUCCAUCCGAGUGGCCGAUUGACACGCCAAGAGUAUCCUUACCCCCGAUUAGUCUCCCGAGAAUGUGUUCAUUGGUACCAACCCAACAAAAGAGAAGGCUUAGAAGACGGGGACGUGGAUGAAUCACGGAGAUCGGUCUGUCCGGCUUGUCAGAAGGCCAAAAGAGUAAGAGAUGACUUAUGUGCAGAGGAAGAAACUGGCCAAGAGCUCAAGGUUGAGACUGAUGAAAUCAGUCAGACCUUGUUGCCUAAAGCGGAGGCAGAUGUGUCCGAAGAAACGCCUAGUUUGGAUUGGAUCGCCGAUGAUAUCUUGAAGGACCUCAAAGGUCACGAGAGUGAGGACUCCGAUGCCAGUUAUCCGAGCUCUUCCCUUGACCGUAUUAUUCUGGAUGAGACAGAAGAAAGUGAUACUGCCGUGAAACGAUGCGGUCGGAAGCGGUGCAAAGUGGCCAAAUCCAACGAGACUCCCGUAAGAACCCAUAAGAAGAACCUGAAGUGCAAUCACUGCUUCCAAGUAUUCCCCUCCACUACCGUGUAUCAUCGGCAUCAGCGAGAGAAACGUCAAGUGGGUUGUAAGCAAUGCAAUAAGAAGGUGGUCACGUUUGGCGAUCUGCGGAAGCAUUUGGCUAAGAAGCAUCCGGAAUCCUAUGAGGGGCCUUUCAAGUCUCUGUGGGAGAAUGAUGAGGACGAAGAGACCAUGUUGAAGCCUCGAGCUUGUUUCCGGUGCGAUCGCGUGUUCAAUGGAGCCGUUCUGCUCUACCGUCACAAAGAGUUCUAUCACGAACUCGGCGACUAUAAAUGCUCCGAUUGCCAAGAACCCUGCCUCACCUUCUACGAUCUCAUCAUCCACAACUAUCGGCAGCAUUCCAAAGCCAUUGCCCACGUGGCACCCUAUACCCGAGGGUUGGAGGUCAUCGUGGACAAAGAUGGCAAGGUGGAGAAGAAACGCACCUUAUUCGCUUGCCAUUUGUGCCCGGAAACUUUUACCAUGGACUGCACUUACACGCACCAUAUGAGGAAGUAUCAUGCUUGGGGAUUGUUUGAAUGCAUCGCUUGCGAUGAAGUCGGCCAUUAUGCCGGCGAAGUCUCCGCUCAUAUGGUCAAUUUUCACAGGGACAAUCCGGAGGUGAAAUGCCCCAAUUGCUCGAGCGUCGUGAGUUUACGGGAAGAUGACGACGAAUUUCUCCAUCAUUACGAGAGUUGUAAGCAUGUCUGGUCCACGUCUGGUAAGAAGAAGAGUCGGAACAAGGACUUUGUCGAGAAGUUGACCUUCCAGUGUCAUUUCUGCGGCAAGAACUACGCAUCCAAGUUCAUUUUGGACGCUCAUAUCAAGGUUCAUCAGGGCAUCGAGCAGUUCAAGUGUUCAUAUUGCGAUUAUGGCACGAACGUGAAAAGUGCUCUUAAAGAGCAUGAACAGUAUCAUAUGCGCGAACAGGGCUUGACCAACGAUGAAUCCGGGGUGCAGCUUUAUCAUUAUUGUGAUCAGUGUGGGCAGAAGUUCACCCGUCCAUCCUACGUCCGGGUCCACAAGAAGCGGGUUCACGAUGGCGUCAAACUGAUUCUCGAGUGCAAGGAUUGCUCACCGUGUGAAACGUUCCGAAGCAAAAAGAUGCUGUACAAGCACAAACGUGAGAAGCACGGUUACGUGCCCGUGAAGCGGACAAAAGUGGGACGAAGGCCUUUGGAUUAGCCCUGUUGUGUUCAGUCGAUUCUUGUAUGAUCCAUUUAAUUAAUUGUUUUUUUAUGUAUUUAUUGGCGUUACAGAUACAUAUGAGAGUAGUAGAAAUUAAGACUUGUCUUAAAGUCGGAUAGAUUAUAUUUAUCACCAACUUGACAUGGA